AUGGCUCGAGUGUGUGUAGAUCUUUACACUACACUGCGUAUUCCUACAAGUGAGCAGCAAAAGCAACUCAAACCUCAAUUCAAUAUGAUACCUGCGUUGUCUUAUGAUCAUAACGCACUGGUGAUCGCUCGCUGUCACGUUUGGCGAACCUCACGCCUACCCAACCUACCCACACACGACCAAGACACCUCCCAUAUCGCCACAAUGAGCGACUCCAAAUCCCCUAGACCCGUCUCCGUCCUAUUCGUCUGCCUAGGAAACAUCUGCCGUUCAACAAUGGCAGAAGGCGUCUUCCAGUCUCUUACCGCACCCUCGCACCCUCUGAUCUCAACAAUCGACUCUUGCGGCACGGGCGCCUACCAUGUCGGUUCCAGCCCCGACUCACGCACCAUGGCCACCCUAAAAGCGAACAAGAUAACCACCUACCGCCACUCGGCACGAAAAUUCUCUCCUGGCAGCGAUUUCGAAAAGUUCGAUUACAUACUUGCAAUGGACGAUGAGAAUUUAGAAGAUUUAGAAGCAUUGAGGCAGAGGGAGCUUAAGAAGAAGGGCGGAAGCGACGAGGGCAUUGGGAGGGUUAUGCUGUUUGGAGAGUUUGGGGGGAAAAUGAGGAAGGGGAGGCGUGGAGAGAAGGGCGAGGAGAUUGUGGACCCGUACUAUGGAGGAGAUGACGGGUUCAAGGCUGCGUACGAGCAGUGCAUGAAGUUUGGUAAGGUGUUUUUGGAGAGGCUUGAGAAAGGAGAGCUGAGCUGA